GUACAUCUAUAAUUCACUGAUCAUAUAACUGAAUCGUCUUUGUUGUAUUCUUUCAAAAUUUCAAUAAAUCUCUCCACUUUAGCAUGUGGAGAAACAUAUGUAACAAAGCUUCUUUCAAGAAGCUUAAAGCAUUAUCUAAUUUUAAAGAAACGAAAAUUCUUACAAAAAUUAGACCUUUUGAGAAUUACCCAUAUCAAGAUUCAUCAUUUAGAGAAAAGGGUAUAUGUCAAAAUUUGAUUUUGCGUAUUGGCUAUGAUUGUGGAAAUUCAAGGGUUUCAUCCGGUUUUCGGAAUGGGUGGUGUAAGGGUUAUGCUAGUAGUUCAGCUGCUGCAGCUGAAGAGACUGUGUCUACUGAAGAAGAAGAUAGUGAUGAGAUUCGCCAAAUGGUGGAUAGUUUGAAUAAAGAGAUUAAGUCAGUUGAAAGGAAAUCGAGGUCGAAUGGUUUGGAUCAUAGGAAACAGUUGAAAAUGGUUAAUGGGAUUGGUCAAGGGAAGUACAUUGCGCUUAGGAGACGACAGGUUAAGAUAGAAACGGAAGCGUGGGAGAACGCUGCGAAAGAGUAUCAGGAGUUAUUAGUGGAUAUGUGUGAGCAGAAACUGGCUCCGAAUUUGCCUUAUGUGAAAUCGUUGUUUCUUGGUUGGUUUGAGCCGUUGAAGAAUGUGAUUGCGGCUGAGCAGGAUUUGUGUAAGGAAGGGAAAAAUAGAGGGGCUUAUGCUCCACAGUUUGAUCAGCUGCCUGCUGAUAUGAUGACGAUUAUUACGAUGCAUAAGUUGAUGAGUUUGUUGAUGACUGGUGGUGGUCAGGGUGGUGCUAGAGUGGUUCAGGCUGCUUUACAUAUCGGUGAAGCCGUUGAGCAUGAGGCAAGAAUACAUAGAUUCAUGGAGAAAUCUAAGCGAAAAGCUUCUUUAAACGAGAGCCCCGAUGAUGAUUCUGAAGCUGCUAAUAGUGAGCAACAGAUGCAGAAAUUGAGGAAAAAGGUGAAUGUUUUAGUCAAAAAGAAAAAGUUGCAGCAAGUAAGGCAUAUCGUGAAACAACAAGAUGAUAUGAAGCCAUGGGGACAAGAUGCACAAGUUAAGGUUGGUUCUCGUUUAAUCCAGUUGUUAAUGGAAACUGCUUAUAUACAACCUCCUGUUGACCAAUAUGAAGAUUGUCCACCUGAUAUACGGCCUGCAUUUGUGCAUACUCUCAAAACUGUGGAAACCCCGAGAGGCAGCAGAAGAUAUGGAGUUAUCGAGUGUGAUCCACUAGUUAGAAAAGGUCUUGAGAAAAGUGCUAUGCACAUGGUGAUUCCAUAUAUGCCGAUGCUAAUUCCGCCUGUUAAUUGGACUGGCUAUAAUAGAGGAGGCUACUUGUUUCUACCCUCUUAUAUAAUGCGCACACAUGGAGCAAAACAACAACGUGAUGUAGUUAAGCAGACUCCAAAGAGGCAAUUGGAUCCUGUUUUUGGGGCGCUUAAUACACUCGGUGCUACAAAAUGGAGGGUGAACAGAAAAGUCCUUGGCGUUGUAGACAGAAUUUGGGCUAGUGGAGGGCGUCUAGCCGACUUGGUUGACCGUGAUGAUGUUCCUCUACCUGAAGAACCGGAUACAGAUGAUGAAACCGAAAUUAAAAAAUGGAAAUGGAAAGUUAAAACUGCUAGAAAGGAAAACAGGGAGCGGCAUUCACAGCGAUGUGAUAUUGAACUCAAACUUGCUGUUGCUAGAAAAGUGAAAGAUGAGGAAGGAUUUUACUACCCCCACAAUCUUGAUUUUCGUGGUCGUGCAUACCCUAUGCACCCCUAUUUAAAUCAUUUAGGGUCUGAUUUAUGUCGAGGUAUUCUUGAGUUUGCUGAGGGCCGGCCACUUGGGGAGUCCGGAUUAAGAUGGCUGAAGAUACAUUUAGCAAAUGUAUAUGGUGGUGGUGUAGAUAAGUUAUCUUAUGAGGGUCGAGUGGCGUUCACCCAGAAACACUUGGAUGAUAUUUUUGAUUCUUCAGAUCGACCUCUUGAAGGUAAACGAUGGUGGUUGCGGGCAGAGGAUCCAUUUCAAUGCUUGGCCACAUGCAUGAACCUUGCUGAAGCAUUAAGAAGUUCCUCUCCCGAGACUACCAUAUCCCAUACACCUAUCCAUCAGGAUGGUUCGUGCAAUGGAUUACAACACUAUGCUGCACUUGGAAGGGACAAGUUGGGAGCAGCUGCUGUCAAUCUGGUUGAGGGAGAAAAGCCAGCCGAUGUCUACUCUGGGAUUGCUGCCAGAGUGAUUGAGAUUAUGCGGAGAGAUGCAGAGGGAGAUCCCACAACUGACCCAAAUGCUAAGCAUGCACGCUUGCUAGUAGACCAGGUUGACAGGAAGUUGGUUAAGCAAACAGUGAUGACCUCAGUGUAUGGUGUCACAUAUAUUGGUGCUCGUGACCAAAUCAAGAGGAGAUUAAAGGAACGUUGUGCCAUCGAAGAUGAUGGAGAGUUGUUUGCUGCUUCUUGUUAUGCUGCAAAAACCACGCUAACUGCUUUGGGGGAGAUGUUUGAAGCUGCACGAAGUAUUAUGAGCUGGCUUGGUGAUUGUGCAAAGGUUAUAGCUAUGAAAAACAAUCCUGUACAAUGGACUACUCCUCUUGGACUUCCUGUUGUUCAGCCCUACCGUAAAUUAGGAAGGCACCUUAUUAAGACAUCUCUUCAAGUUUUGACACUGCAAAGAGAAACUGAUAAGGUCAUGGUUAAGCGUCAAAGAACGGCUUUUCCUCCUAAUUUUGUGCAUUCACUUGAUGGGUCCCAUAUGAUGAUGACGGCCCUUGCCUGUAAAGAGGCUGGCUUAAGUUUUGCAGGCGUGCACGAUUCAUUUUGGACACAUGCGUGUGAUGUUGAUGAGAUGAACAAGAUUCUUAGAGAAAAAUUUGUUGAACUUUAUGAGGCACCAAUUUUAGAAAAUCUGUUGGAGAGCUUCCAAAAGUCAUUCCCAAAGUUGGAAUUUCCUCCAUUGCCAGAGAGAGGAGAUUUUGACCUUAAGGAGGUUUUAAAGUCCCCAUAUUUCUUCAAUUGAGACUAGCCACAUUCUUCAUGGCUGCCUCCAUUUGUUGUUAUGAUCGGCUUUGCGGUAGCUAGUAGAGUGGCAGCCGACACUCUCAGAAUCACAGUUUCGUGCCCUUUUGGGUCUGCCUUCUCAACACGCACCUCUGUAAAUUUGGUGACAUCUUGUGCGUUUUAAGCAUAUCAAAUGAAGGAACUACUCGAGGUUAUGCUCCUAACAACCCAAUACAAUCGACUUGAAUUCUAGCGAAGAGCAAGUCCAAGUCAUUAGUGCAUUGAAGCUUGUAGUUGUAACUAAUUUAUACACAAUUUCUAUUUAUUUGGGACUCUAGUUUUAGUUUUUUUUGGUCUUAGUCCCAUUGUUCAUCUAGUGGUAUGAGCCAAUAAGGAGAUAGGAGGUUAUAGUAUUUCCAAGGGUAGAUCCUUCCUGAGCAAUACCGUUAUAGUUGACUUUUCGAGUGUAGUUUGCUCUUGGAGGAGCUAGCAUUCUUUAACUAUAGGAAAGAAACUUUUGUAUCAGUCGCCCUGUCGGCAUUUUGCUUAAUUCAUGAUCCAUUACAUGCA